UUCGACAAUCGUGAAUUUUUGGCGUUCGGCAGGUAGUUGUUGUUGUCUGAUAUUAAUGAUUAUUCUUUGUUGUUUUCAUUCGAUCCCGUGGAUGAUUUCGAAAACCGCCGAAUGGAAACGGACGCUCGCUUGAUGUCGCAAGCACAACAGUAUGCACAAGCUCCCCGGCCAACACAGACACACCACUCGCCUGCUCCUCAACCAACCAGAGAAAUGCAACAAACCAGUGCACCGACGUCAGCUGAUGCCUGUUUGAGUAUAGUACACAGUUUGAUGUGCCAUCGGCAGGGAUGGGAAAGAGAAGGAUUUGCCAAACGAGCCAUUGAGUCACUGGUUAAAAAGUUAAAGGGAAAAAGAGAUGAAUUAGAUAGUCUUAUUCUAGCUAUAACUACAAAUGGUUCAAAUCCAAGUAAAUGUGUUACAAUACAAAGAACAUUAGACGGGCGGUUACAGAUUGCUGGGCGUAAAGUUUUUCCGCAUGUAAUAUAUGCAAGAAUCUGGCGAUGGCCAGAUUUACAUAAAAAUGAACUCAAGCAUUUAAAGUAUUGCCAAUAUGCUUUUGACUUAAAAUGUGAUUCUGUGUGUGUUAAUCCGUAUCAUUAUGAACGUGUUGUGUCAUCAGGCAUAGAUUUAAGUGGUCUAUCGCUACAAAGUGAUACAUCUACUAAUAGUUCUGGCCAAAUAAUUAACCUAAGAGAUGAGUAUACAGCUGGCGGGGGAGUAAUGUCUUCCUCGCCAACUGGUUCUAGUCAAGUUAGCAGUUCCAAUAUGAACAGCGAUGUAUCUGGAAACAGCCCGUCUGUGACUGUACAACAUCACUUACCUCUUUUAUAUCACCAAACAAAUCCAGCCACUGAUGUUUCUCAACAAUCGACUGUCUCUCAAGCUGCCGGAGAUAUUGGUUUGUUUCGGCCCACACUACAGCAGCAGCAAUGUCCUAGUCAUCAAAUUGGUGUAAAUUCUCAAGUACAGGUUAAGACUGAAUCAUGUGACAAUUGGAUGCCGAGUACACCAUCACAUACACCUCCCAACAGACCACCAAACAUGCCAUUACAAAAUCCCAGUAUGUUCCAAGGACAAAAAGAAGACAAUUUAUUGCCUAGUCAAACAAUGACACCUCAUGAUUAUCAAGGACCUACCGCCUCGAUGUCUGGUACAACAACAGAUAAUCGACCAGUACAAAGCACACUUACUUAUACACAUUCAAUGCAACCACCACAUCCAAUAUUUUGGGGAGUGUCUGAAAUGGGAUCAAGUGGUUUAUUAUCAUCUCAGCCAGCUCCUGAACAUUGGUGUUUAAUUGCUUACUUUGAAUUAGAUACUCAGGUUGGAGAAAUGUUUAAGGUUCCAUCUACUUGCCCUCAUGUCACUGUUGAUGGUUAUGUUGAUCCUUCUGGAAGUAAUCGAUUUUGUUUGGGUGCCCUUUGUAAUGUUCAAAGGACAGAACAAAGUGAAAGAGCUAGAUUGCAUAUUGGGAAAGGUAUUCAACUAGAUCUGAUUGGAGAAGGAGAUGUUUGGUUAAAAUGUCAGAGUGAUCAUUCAGUUUUUGUGCAGUCAUAUUAUUUAGAUAGAGAAGCUGGCCGAGCACCAGGAGAUGCAGUCCAUAAAAUUUAUCCUCAUGCAUACAUUAAAGUUUUUGAUCUUCGACAGUGUUACAAGCAAAUGUGUCAACAAGCCGAAACAGCUCAAAAUGCAGCUGCUGCACAAGCAGCAGCAGUUGCAGGACACCUAGCAGGAUCUCAUACUGUGGGAGGUAUUACUCCAGCUAUAAGAUUGAGUGCUGCAGCAGGUAUUGGAGUAGACGAUUUAACAAGAUUGUGCAUAUUAAGAUUAAGUUUUGUAAAAGGUUGGGGUCCCGACUAUCCACGAAGUAGCAUUAAAGAGACUCCAUGCUGGAUAGAAGUUCAUUUACAUCGAGCAUUACAACUUUUGGAUGAAGUAUUACACUCAAUGCAAAUAAAUUCAUCAAGAGCUUGACUUAACCAGAAACUCAAAAUGUUCAAACCUAGUGACUAAUAAGUUAUGUUUAAGAAAACAUGGAUACUUUUCAUGUUUUGGUGUUUAUCAAACAUAACAUGUUAUACUACUAAAGGCCUUGGUAAAAAUAAGUUUUUCCUGUUACAUUUAUUUUUUUAUUUUUUUAACACAAUUUCUGUUUAUAAUCAAACAAGUUAAUUUCAUAAAUAUUUAAGGUUACAAUAAACAUCUACCUUAAAUGUAAAUAAACAGGUUUUCAUUAUUAUGAGUUGUGCCUAAAUUAUAUUUAUCUAUGUAUGCGUUAAUGUAUGAAAUUCCGUAAUCCUAUAAAAUAACUAGUUAUUUUAUAGAGUUACGAGUACUCUCAGUUGAUGUAUUAAAUCAAUCUAUAAAUACAUACUUCAUCUAGUUAUUCUACAUACUAACUUGAUAUUUUAUAAACUAACAAUAAGGGUCUAGUUAAUGUAUUUAAAACUAUUAUUUUAUUUACAUUAUUUUUAGUACAAAUUACAGAAAAAAUCAAAUGUUAGAAUUAAGUCAAACAUGCCCUACAUUAUUGUAUAAAAUAUAAAUAUUCAUUUAUUUAACGUCAAUUUAUUAGAUUUAUUAAAAUCUUAAGAGGACGCUACCCAUACAUUUGUUGUCUCUGUCUUACACACACGCACGACAUACCAAAUUUUUGUUCACUAGUUUCAAUAGUGUGCUGUUAGUUUUGAUACAAGAGUGAAUUGACCUAUUAUAAAACUUUUAGGUAAGAACAUUAUCUGUGCUUAAGCGUUGCCGAUUUUUCGAAAUUUUCAUUUUCAAGCAAGAUAUGGAUAUGUGAAAUAUCAAUAGAUCAAAAUGCUCAUAUCUUGCUUAAAAAUUAAAAUUUCGAAUAAAAGCCAACGCUUAAACACAUAUAAUGUUAUUAUCUAAAAAAUGUAUAAUAGGUAGAAUCACUCUAAUAUGAAAACUAACAGCACACCAUUAAAACUAGUAGAAACUUUUUUUCACUUUUUGUUUUUUUACACAUGAUUCACUUAAAUUUUAAAAAAAAUUGACAUUUGAUUGAGUAAUAUUUAUAUAUUUUUUUUUCAGUUCAUACAUCAGUCUGUCUCUACCAUCGUGUCUAAUAGAUAGGUGGAUGUUAGGUAAAAUAUUGUAUAAUUGUUUGUCGUGGACGUAAAAUAUAAUAUCAGAAUUAUCUUUCA